UAUGAAAUAAAGUCUUGCUCCUCUUAUAGGAGCUUAUCUUUUUUGUUAGAGCUGGGAGAUAUAUACAAUAUGACAGGAAUGUUACCUGGGGAUUCCUCACAUCAUUCAACCUCUGAUAGUGGGCCUUCUAGAAGUUCUCAAGAAAAGCAAAAGGAAGUAGGUCGGUGGUAUUUUUCAAGAAAAGAAAUUGAAGAAAGCUCCCCAUCAAGAAGGGAUGGUAUUGACUUGAAGAAAGAGACAUACUUACGCAAGUCAUACUGUACAUUCUUGCAAGAUUUGGGUGUGAGGCUGAAAGUGCCCCAGGUAACAAUAGCCACAUCAAUUAUCUUUUGUCAUCGAUUCUUCAUUCGACAAUCACAUGCGAAGAAUGAUAGAAGAAUUAUUGCUACUGUGUGUAUGUUCCUUGCUGGGAAGGUUGAAGAGACACCUCGUCCAUUAAAGGAUGUUAUUCUUGUUUCCUAUGAGAUAAUAAACAAAAAAGAUCCGGCUGCAGCCCAGAAAAUCAAACAGAAGGAAGUGUAUGAGCAACAAAAGGAGCUAAUUUUAACUGGAGAGAGGGUUGUACUUGCCACGUUGGCUUUUGACCUCAAUGUUCAUCACCCGUAUAAACCUCUUGUGGAAGCUAUAAAGAAAUUCAAGGUUGCACAGAAUGCCCUUGCUCAAGUUGCGUGGAAUUUUGUUAACGAUGGGCUGAGGACGUCGCUCUGCCUGCAAUUUAAGCCCCAUCAUAUUGCGGCGGGUGCCAUUUUCCUUGCUGCCAAGUUUCUCAAAGUGAAGCUUCCAUCAGAUGGUGAGAAGGUUUGGUGGCAAGAAUUUGAUGUCACCCCUCGCCAAUUAGAGGAGGUUAGCAAUCAAAUGCUGGAACUUUACGAGCAAAACAGAGUAACCCCUUCUCAGGGUAGUGAAGUAGAAGGAAGUGCUGGUGGUGGUACAUCUCAUGGGGCUCCGGCAAAACAUCCUUCUGGAAGUGAGGAAAAACAGUCAUGGUCGACAGCUGACUACUCAUCUGCUGACAACCAUGGAAUACCAUCAAGGAGCACUCAAAAUCAGAGUAACGAUAAUGGGAGCCGGGAGAUGGGUAGUGUCAUUACGGAUCACAGUAUGGAGAACAAGGAUAGCCAACAUCAUGAGCAGUUUCCCCACAAGGAUAACACAAGGGAAGUUCUGAAUAAAUCGAGGUCUGGAAUGGAGCGAACUGGUGGGGAAGAUAUGGAAAGAAGUGGAAGAAAUGAAAUUGCAGUAACUGGUGAGUGGGAUGAUGGUAAGGCUAGCAGUGUGGUCAGGCAAAACAUGGAUAUUCGAGAAGGACCCGUUGGGCAGUCCCCCAAAGAAGCUAUUAAAAUCAACAAAGACAAGCUGAAAGCUGCACUUGAGAAAAGGAGGAAGUCUCGUGGGGAAACAACAAAGAAAUAUGAUGUAAUGGAUGAGGAUGAUCUUAUCGAGAGGGAGCUAGAAGAUGGGAUUGAAUUGGUGGCGGAAGACGAGAAAAUCAAGCGAGAACGUCAACAAAGCUGGUCCAGGAAUGAGAAUCAAGAUAAUGGGGAAAUGAGAAAAGGGUACCACCAUGUUACGAAGGGGCAGUCAUCUAAGGGGAUCGAGACAGAGGCGGAUGAUGCUUCUCCCAUGGUGAAUGACUGGAAAAGAAAAGGUGGAAGUCCAUCGGGCAGGCAGCCAGAAGGGAAGAAGCGUCACAAAUACACGCCAAGCUACAAUCACGAUGGUAUCGAAGAUGGGUAAAUAACGGGCCAGAGCAAUUAUGCGGAGAAAGAGCAUAGGAGGCAUGGUUCGUGAGGCAG